CGAUCCCACUCCAACUCGCUCUCGACACUCAAGUACUUACAGCAAUUACCAAAGACGUCCAAAUAACACCAGUUGUCUCUGUCAGCUUGUCGUCAAACAAAAUCGUCCGUUUUGGCAUUUCGUGUUCCAUAAUUUGAACUUCGCAGGAGUGGUUUACUCCGUAUUACAUUCGAAUUUGCUUUGACUUAAUAUCAUCAAACAGCAAAUGAGAUGUUUAGGAAGUCAAGAUCCAUUUCAUCGUGAUUUCUUAGUCAAUUAUUUUAAUCAUUUGAAGCUUUAGAAAAUUCGAGUGUGUUGACCGAACUGCAUGAUGAUCAACUUGUAAAUCAACAUUUGAUUGAAUUGCACUGUUCAUUAUCUAGCCUUUAUCAAUUUAAUUGCAGUACAUCAGAAAGUUUGGUGUGAUUUUCUAGCGACUUUCACUUCAUUAAAGUACAUGAAUUGGGAGGAAACCUGCCUGUCUGUUUUUGCUUGAAAAUCUGGACAAUCGUGACAAUUGUGACUGCUUAAACCCAAUAAUCUUUCCGAUAACUGCAUUUUACUAGAGGAAAUAUAUCAAGUUGCAGACUCAGACUGUGCAUUUUUAAGACCAAGUCUGUAAUUUCGACACUUUUCAGAAAGGAGAUAAGUCACCAUAACCUAAACGAUGUGAGUAAAGGUUCUUCGAAGCGUUAGCACCAUAGACAUGACAUGUUUCAGGAGACGGGCCAGGUUAUUGAUAUAAGUUUGUGAAAAAGUUUGGAAAUAAUACAUCCCGCCAUUUUCUUUCAAUUUCUGGUAACUGAUUUCAUUCAAAGCUCCCUCAGGAAAGAGAGGCAGGGAGCACCAGAUGAAGUAAACUUUAAACGCUAUUUUCAACUAAAAGAUAAAGCUGACCCAGUUGUCUAAGUUAUUUUAUCAAGGUUAACCAGUGUGCUUAAAAUGGAAAAUCGCAGAAUUGUCGAUAUCGGAGUGAUAGAACAGUCUUUCAAACCUUCCAAGAUGCAGGUCAUCGACCAGGAGACAUCGAGCGUCGACUACCCUCGACAGCGAGCCCUUCAAUGCCUCCGGAUGAUGAGCAAUUGCGGCAACGCUGAGAUCUUCAACAAAGCGUUGUCUACGACCAUGAAGAUGCAAAGUCCGGAGUGGGAGGGCGACACUGAUAGCGACGUCGAUAGCGUCGUGAAGCAUCCCAAGGAACGGGUUGAUAGAGGAUCGACUUCAACGUCGACGAGCGCGAAAUAUCACGGACAUCGAGAUGGAGUGGGAAAGGCAGUGAAGAAGGGCAUGAAACCACAUUUGACAAAAAAAUGCGACCCGCGAGUUCAGAAGCAGAUUCGGUUAAAUAUCAAUGCUCGAGAGCGUCGACGUAUGCACGAUCUAAACGAUGCCCUGGAUGAUCUACGGGGCGUUAUCCCCUACGCUCACAGCCCAUCGGUUCGUAAGCUGUCGAAGAUUGCCACGCUGCUCCUCGCUAAGAACUAUAUCCUGAUGCAGGCGAAUGCACUCGAGGAGAUGCGACGGAUUUUCACUUUCAUGAACCAGCCUCAGCUUUGCUUACCACCGGCUCUGUCGUCGACCACCUACCCGAUCUCGCCCGCCUACCACACCCCUGACAUCGUCGCUCGAAACAGCAGUGGGCAUGCUCUUGCAAGUAAGGUCCUUGAAAGCCCCUCGACCGCCAUCAAUCUCCCAAUCUCUUGCCGUCGGAAUGGUGUGCAAUCGUCAUCAUCGUCGUUAUCUUGCCAUCGUUGUAUCGAUAGACCAUCCCUUAAUCGGAAUCAUGAAAGAAGUGAUCAUUCCUUUCUCUGACUCUCAAACUUUCCGAUUUUAUGAUGAAAUAUUUAAUAACUUUCCUUAUUUAUUGUUCUCCCCAAAACUUUUGAUUGACGGUGUAAACGUGGUCGAAUAAUUACGCUAAGUGUACAAUCUAUUGCAUCAAUAAUUGUUCAAUG